AUGUGCACCAAGAGCGGCAUCACACAACCGGUGUGGGUCGUGGCAAAGUGGCUGGAUUUGCCCGCUCCGCGGAGCCAAUUCCUCGUGGAAACCAUCACCAAGAACAGGCCCGACUUCUUCGUGCUGCUAUUCCUGCAGCUGCUCAACGUCGUUGGCGGGUACGACUCUCUCGGGGUCGGCACCGCAGUGGCCGCGCUCAAGGCCUGCGUCGAGCUCAAGGCCCAGGGCAUCCGCGACGUGCAUCAGACCAUCAACGCCGCGCUGCUCGUAUGCAUCACUCUGUCGGCCGACUCAGCCGUGCCCGCAGAGCUCGGUUUGUACGAGGGCAACCCCCGUGCAGAUCGACCAGACCGCGCUCACCAUCAAGUCCUUCCCGGGGCAGUGGCCAUGGACAACCACGCCCACGGUCGUACGCACCGAGAUACAUGCUAUCGUUGUCGAUCACCAGCGGCCAAGCCUUCCUCGGCGUAA